UCUAAAUGAUUCAAAAGUGAAAGUAGGCGAAAAUGGCGGGAGUAGAAGAAAUGGAAUUAGAAACUGCCGAUAAAGAGAAUACAGACAAUCCAGACAAAACAAAGGAUAAAGUUUCAAAUCAGGAUAACGAGAAGUUAAUGAAGUUGCCAUUGAGUCGAAUCAAAUCGAUCAUGAAGAGUGACCCUGACGUAACCUUAGCAAGUCAAGAGGCAGUGAUCGCUAUUGCCAAAGCUACUGAAUUAUUUGUGUGGGAACUUUCUAAAGAUGCUGUUCACAGUACAAUGCAGAGUAAAAGAAAGACUCUACAGAGGAAAGACCUUGAUUCCAUAUUGGACACAAGAGACUGUUAUUUAUUUCUAGAAGGAACCCUUGACUGAAUGUUGUUUAAAAUUCAUACUCUGAUUUCGACUUCACCUGUUUCCGGUCAAUGGCAUGAUGCACCGUUGGAUCAGUUUGUCGAACAUUUGAGAUGUACUGAUAUAGAUAAUAUUAUAUUAAUGACUACAGAGGGAUGUUAUUCAAAAUUGCUAUGGAUUUUGAACUUUGUGUCAGGAUGUGGAGCAAAUUGUAAAGCGUAUUAACACAACUGUUUCUAGAUAUAUCAUUAUUUAUAUAUUUCUAAAAUAGAAUGUUUUCUUUGUAAUUGUACAUGUCCAAUGUACAUAUAUUUUGCAUUAUUGCAAAGUCUUUAGGGUAAGUUUAUUAUAGGUAUAAUUGGCAUUAUCUUUAAAAAUUCAAUCUUCAGUUGUAGCAAACAGAAUUUAUCAGUAAUUUCAUGUCUGACUCAUUGUUAAAUUGUUUACACAGCGUUUAUUUAAUUGUAUAUUCAAAGUUUCUUGUAAUAAAACUUACACAGCAUA